CGCUCCCGAUGCUUGCGCCAUGCGCUGGGUCCAGUUAGUUAAGCUUCAACUGCCAAUCGUUAACGAUCGACGCUCUCCCCUCGCUCGGACCACGCGUAGACGCGCAAAAGCAUGCGCAACGAUCGAUCAACUGGCGCGUAGUGUCGAAGUGCUUUCGUUUGGGCUCAUCUAAUUACGGGUUGUUGUUGUUUGUUCGAAUUCGAAGUUUGGUGCAAGUGAUAAGUGAUUCGGUAUUACGCGAAUCACAAAAAGGGGGUUAAUUUUAUCUCAAGGAAAAUUAAAACCCAGUGCAUAAUCAAAACCGGAAAACCAAAAUGUGGCGAAGCAGACACCUUCAAUUCCUUGGCAUAUUUCUGAUCCUGCAGCUGUGUGGAUUAUUUCAGAUGACAGGCAGUGCAACACCGAAAGCGCUUAGCAACAGUAAUCAUGAUUGUCCCAACUGCAUCGAAGAUUCCAGUGCGACCAACAGGUGGACGAUGCCCUUGCUGAAGCUUGGCGAGAAGCGAUACUACCUUAGCAUAUUCUUCAAAGCUAACUGGUUCAAAGCGCUACAGUACUGCCGAUAUCAUGGAAUGCAACUGGCCAGCAUCCAAUCGCAGGAGGAAAACGACCGCCUGGAGAAAUACGUUAAGGAUUAUGGCCUAGCGGCGGAACACUUCUGGACAUCGGGUACCGAUUUGGCUGAAGAGGGCAGCUUCUUCUGGAUAUCGAACGGUCGACCGCUUUCAUUCACCAACUGGAACGCCGGGGAACCAAACAAUUUCCGGUACGAAAACGGCGAGGAGGAGCACUGUUUGGAGCUAUGGAACCGAGACGGCAAAGGCCUGAAGUGGAACGAUACUCCCUGCAGCUUCGAGACGUACUUCAUCUGUGAGGUCUAGAGUCGGAGUUCCGAGUUGGUGAAAACACUGGAAUAGCUCAUUUUGUUGUUGUUUCGCAUUCGAUUGUUACCCAUUGAGAAAACCAUUCUGUCAACAAUAUUGACGAUCAUUAAAUUCCAAAUUCAUACAGUUGUGAGCAGCCAUAUUCUUCCAUUUGCAUUGCUGGGCUUUUCACCAACUUAUUCGCGUACAAUGUUAAGCGGAGGAAGUCGUCAAUCAUCUGUGAGAUAGAACAUGGAAGCACUUUCUGAGUAUCUGUAUAUCAAUUCGGUUUACUUAUGUAUUAUGUGUAGUUGUUAAGCGUUGUUCAAGAAACCAUUUCAAAGAAUCAAGUCUGUUCAAAUCUCUUACUCGUGUAUUGUAGGUAACGUUUGUAUGACAACCAUUUCUAACUUAAAGUAUUGUGUAUUGUGUCAAACAACAUUUAUGUAGAUUAUGUAUGGUUUAAAGAAAUUUACAGUAAUCAAGAAUCUAUUUGAACUAUUUAUCUAGUGGCGAUAUGAAGCUCAAGCAAAGAUUUAUUCUUCUUUCCCAAAUAACAAACUGAAAUUCGCGACUUCUGAAGAGAUUAAAUAAGCUGCCAAUAAUGUUGGAGCCCAAAAAAGGGUCGCGGGAAGGAUUAGCAUACCUUAGUUUUAAUGGAAUCAAAACGAUUGUAAAUAUGGUUUACUUUCCUUUUGUGUUGCCGGCCAGAGUGUAAUAAAAUAAAAGUCAAUAAAUACACUACCAAAUUGUG